AUGACAAGCUACAACUUAUCAUACCAACCCAAGAAUAUAGCAUUGGAAUUUGGUGAGAAUGAUGGGAAAUACUUUCUUCGACUGGGCCAUCCUUCAGCAACCGGAAAAACUCUUCAUUUAUCUACUCUUCCCUCAUAUCUUAUAGAUAAAAAAGUCAUUGUGAUAGAUUCAAUUAAAUCAGGCACUGGAAGAACACCUGGGAAAGAUAUAUAUUUAGAUAUUAUUAAUCCCUUAUUUAAACAACUUUCUAUCAAACACGAAUAUCAUGCCACUAAAUCGGCAACAUCAAUUUCUGAAUUAGCACAGAAUUUACAAGAUCAUGAAGCCACUAUAUUAUUUAUUAGCGGAGACACUUCAAUUAACGAAUUUAUUAACUCAUUAAAUAAAUCUGAAAUUGGGGAAAUAACAAUUUUCCCAAUACCAGGAGGAACAGGAAAUAGUUUAUCACUUUCAUUAAAUAUCACCAAUCCAUUAGAUGCAAUUAUUAGAUUAUUUUCCUCAACAAAAAUCCUGCCAUUAAAUCUUUAUGAAAUAGAUUUCCCACAAGGGUCACGUUAUUUAAUUGCCAAUGAAUUAGGAUCUCAAGUUUCUUCACAUUUGAAAUUUUUAAUAGUUGUUUCAUGGGGGUUCCAUGCAUCUUUAGUUGCCGAUAGUGAUACUCCUGAAUUAAGAUCCCAUGGUAUUAAACGAUUUCAAAUUGCUGCUCAUCAAAAUUUAAAUCGUGAACAAAAAUAUGAAGGUGAUUUUUACAUUAAUGAUAUUGAAUUGAAUGGACCAUUUGCUUAUUGGUUAGUGACAGCAUCACAAAGGUUUGAACCGACAUUUGAAAUAUCUCCUGAAGGUGAUAUUUUGAAAGAUGGAUUGUACGCGGUUGCAUUUAAUACACAAAAUACUGAAGAUUAUAUUAUGGAUAUAAUGAAACAGGUGUAUGAUAAGGGUAGUCAUAUAAGAAAUCCGAAUGUGAUUUAUGAAAAACUCCAGAAAAACGAUAAAAUAUUAUUAAAAACAAAAAAUUCAAAACCUUUACUACAAAGAAGAUUUUGUGUAGAUGGUAGUAUUGUUGCCUUACCUGAAACUGAGAGUCAUGAAAUUUAUAUUCAUGUUAGAGAUAAUUCUCAACAUUCAUGGAAGUUAUAUAUAAUACAUUGA